GCACUGGUCUGCUGCACGCUUGCACCCCCGGGCCUUCCAGCGGGCUCCUCUCGACUCACUCCUUCCUCGCUCCCUCCUGCUCGGCGCGCGUGCAGCAUGGCGCACCCCCAGCUCCUCGCGUUCGGGUUCCUACUCGCUGCGGCGACGGUAGUGGCCGCGGCUCAGAAUGAAUGUAUCUGUGAAAACUACAAACUGACCACAAACUGCUCUCUGAACCUAAAUGGUCAAUGCCAGUGUACUUCAAUUGGUACACAAAAUUCCGUCAUUUGCACAGAACUGGCUUCCAAAUGUUUGGUGAUGAAGGCAGAAAUGUCUCAUUCAAAGUCUGGGAGAAGACCGAAACCUGAAGACGCUAUUCAGAACAAUGACGGGCUCUACGAUCCUGACUGUGAUGAGCACGGGCACUUUAAAGCCAAGCAGUGCAAUGGCACCACCACGUGCUGGUGUGUGAACACUGCUGGGGUCAGAAGAACAGAUAAGGACACUGAGAAAACCUGCUCCGAACCAGUGAGGACCUACUGGAUCAUCAUUGAACUAAAACACAAAACAAGAGAAAGACCUUAUGAUAGUCAAAGUUUGCAGGCGGCACUCAAGAAUGUAAUCACAACUCGUUAUCAACUGAAUCCAAAAUAUAUCUCAAAUAUUCUGUAUGAGAAUGAUGUUAUCACUAUUGAUCUGAUGCAAAAUUCUUCUCAGAAAACUCCAAAUGAUGUGGACAUAGCUGAUGUGGCUUAUUAUUUUGAAAAAGAUGUUAAAGAUGAAUCCUUGUUCCAUUCCAAGAAAAUGGACCUGCAAGUAGAAGGGGAACAACUGGAGCUGGAUCCUGGUCGAACUGCAAUUUACUAUGUUGAUGAAAAACCACCUGAAUUUUCAAUGCAGGGUCUAAAAGCUGGUAUUAUUGCUGUCAUUGUGGUUGUGACAAUAGCACUUAUUGCUGGAAUUGUGGUUCUGGUUAUUUCCAGAAAGAAAAGAAUGGCAAAGUAUCAGAAGGCUGAGAUAAAGGAGAUGGGUGAGAUGCAUAGGGAGCUCAAUGGAUAGCUGCUGUCAUUUGAAUAUUAACAAGAAGGGAAAUUAAUAGACGGACUAGAUUACAAAUACAUGAGCAUGGGACAGAGACAUCUUUGAAGACGUUUUUGUUAGUUAACAUAUUUGUCAUAGUGAAACCUCCUCUCAAAAUAUAAGCAGCUUGAAAUUUACCAAUCUUAAAAUUUGACCACCAGUGUCAUAUGUAUGCAGAUCUGAUCUCCCAGAAUCUGACUGUCCCAGAACUUGCAUUGCAUAGUUAAAAUUAUUUAUACAUGACAUUGAAGUGUAUGCAUUGAAUAUGCUUCCAUUUGUGACUGAACACUGCAUUCCUACUUACAUUUGAGUGUUGUACAUAAAAACCUUUUUUUAUG